ACACCCGGAACAACCCCCGCUGCCUGCACACACACACACACACACACACACACCACAUUAAUCAACCACAUAGCACAUGCAGAGCAACCAGCUCAAGCAUUCUCACCAAUCAGAAACAUUUAUCUGUUUUAAUUGAAGAGGCAAAGAUUUAUCUUGCAGAUGCAGUAGCUGAAGGCGUCAUAAAGUUGUUCUCCACUCAGCUUGUUGGCAGAAACACUGCGUAGAAAACAAACCCACCCGUGUCCGUCUUUAGAGAGGAACAUCUCGUGGAAGGGGAACUGUCGGUCUAGAUCCCUCUCGAUUAUAUCCACCCAGCUCUGCAGGCCUGGCUGUGAAUCUAGAGACUGAAAUAACAAGUCAUUGAUAUUCCAAUGUCACAGAGUUAAAACGGCAAACUUGAUUUAUCUAAUGUAGUAAAAACACUGAUUGUUGUACAAUAAACAUUAGCUGCAUACGUAGUGAUAGAUUUUAAGGGUUACAUGUUCAUUUUUAUGGUUGUCUCUUACAGCUCCCUAAUUUGGGAAAUGUCACAGUGGACCUUAAGGAAUUUGGAUUCUGUUCUUCUCCAUUUUCCCUCCUGAUCCUGAUUUCCAGUGCGAUGCUUAAUAGAACUUAAUCUGAAAAAAGGACAUUUGGACUCUGGAGCAACAAUUUCAUUUUUUGGUUCUUGUACUCACCAUCCACAUCGGGCAAAUUUUUGGAUUUACUUUGCAAUCCUCUCAGUCUGUGCUUAUACUUGUUGUUUGUGCACCCUUUUCCAGCAGAAUUUUUCCUUCCACUUAACUUUAAGCAUGAAUUUGCUUAAAAGUAGCCUUCUGUGUAGAGCCACCUUCUUUAACAAUAACAUUUUCUGGCUUACUCUGUCUGUUGAACAGUUACAGUAAGUCUCCUCCAUCAUUAUUUAGCACACUUCAGAAUAAAAAUCCUGUUUUAGUGGUUGUACCUACAAAUCAAGUUUUCUGUUAUUGAUUGAAAUUGAUAACCUUCAACAUAAUCAGAAAACAGACCCUUGAAAUGUACCACUGUGAAACUCAGUCAGUGAAUUUCACCUUUUUAUUUAGUUAGUGAACUAACUUAACUUUGCAAUGCUAUGCUAACGCAAGGUUGCAUGUAGCACAAACAAGUUUCCAUUUUUAAAUCACAAUAAUCAGGGAAUUAUUUUCAGUUUCUCACAAAUUACUGCAACAACCAUGCAUCUUUUUUUUUUUUUUUUUGCAAAAAAAAAACAACAAAAAAACAACAACAAAAAAAAGAGAGCAUUAACUCCAGUGAAAACAUAUUAGCUCUUGCCUCAUAGAGGUUUUCAUUUUGUCUCAUUCUUUCUGAUGCUCCACACAGCAGAGGCCAGCACUUCGCUCGGAGCGAGGCAGGGAUUCCUUUCUGGCACUGCAGCUUGACCUGCAGAGACAUCAAGAUCCAGACACACCUUGCUGCUCUUCUUUAACAAGAUGCGGUCCCAUUGGCCAAUGAUGUUGAUCCAUUUGGCUUCCCUCUGCCUGACCAGCUCAGGGGAUGGUCCCACACUCCUGAAUCACAACACAGCACACAAGACACCAAAUGUCUGCUGGAUUAAGAGUGCGUCUGUUACACUGCUACUCGAAGCAAGGCACAUUUGGACAUGGUUCUGGUGUUAUGCGCACACUUAGCGUUAGCGCACCGAGAGACGGCUACAAGUAUGUAAAUGCCCAGGAGCAGCCAACUGAUCUGAGGUCCAUCACUGACCGGGCUGCAACAACCCUCUUAUGGACUGAGCUUUUCAGAGGUUUGGCGAUGACCAUGAGCUACCUGUUCCGUGAGCCUGCCACCAUCAACUACCCAUUUGAGAAAGGUCCGCUGUCGCCACGGUUUCGAGGCGAGCACGCCCUCCGCCGGUACCCCAAUGGAGAGGAGCGCUGCAUUGCUUGUAAGCUGUGUGAAGCCAUCUGCCCUGCUCAGGCCAUUACUAUUGAAGCGGAGACUCGAGCUGAUGGCAGCAGGAGAACUACACGUUACGACAUUGAUAUGACCAAGUGCAUCUACUGUGGUUUCUGUCAGGAAGCCUGUCCUGUUGACGCCAUUGUUGAGGGGCCAAACUUUGAAUAUGCUACAGAGACUCAUGAGGAGCUGCUGUACAACAAAGAGAAGCUGCUCAACAACGGAGACCGAUGGGAGGCUGAGAUAGCAGCCAACAUUCAGGCUGAUUAUCUUUACAGAUGAGCUACGUCAUCAGUAACAAGCAUUUUAACAUAUAUAUAUGCAAUAAAAGAAAUAGCUACAUGUAGCCUUACUGACGCAAAAGUGAAUUAGGGGUAAGCACGGAAGCCAUGCUGCAGAUACGCACCAAUUGUACACUGCCUGGUGAAAAAUGUCAUGUUAUUUUGCUGACCCUCCUUUAGCUGUAACUAUAAUUUUAAUGUAUCAGUGAGCUUAUAACAAACUAUUCUCAAACAAAGUGGCAGCUUUAAGACGUUACAUUCGGUUGAACUGUGGGAUAAAGUCUUGUGGACAUUUCUUGCUAGAGCCACCCAUGGGUGGAAACGAUGAUUAAUUGUGUUAAAACUGUUACGUUAGAAUAUACCUGCCACCAGGAAGGAAAUAAUACUUUUAUGGAAAAAAGAUCAGUUAAGACAUUUGGGUUGUCAGCUUGCCUUUUAUAAGUGAUUCACACUAUUUAUAAUGAAUUCAUCAACUUAUCCACUCAACUUCUUAAUAUAAUGCUUUCAUCUCUCUGAAUCAGGGUCAGGUUGGACUCAUUAACCAUGUGACUUUUUGCCAUUGUUUCAGAUUAUAAUCCUUCUGUUUUCUAUUAAGCUGAAGUAAGCUGUUUUCCACUGUUACCUUUAAUGCUUUUUUAUUUCGCAGCUGUUUAUACAGCUAGUUUAGUCCAAUUAAUUGGAGCAGUAUCCACACUGCAUUCUUUAUUUUUAACUUGACUGUGCAGCGAGUGUUUCCAAGUGUUAAUUAAUUGGUUUAUUGCAUUUAUUUAAAUAUCUAUUUAUUUAUGAAGCAUGUCACAGCUCAUCAGCAUUUUUACCAGAUUUUUAUAAUGAAUUUGACAUUCCUUAUCAUAAGGGUUUAAUGCUGUUGAAAGUGCAACGCUGAUUCCAUGGGCAACAUUUGGAAUAAUUUUGCGUGGCCCUCGAUCACAGUUCAAGAGUAGCACCACUGGUACUAACACAAGCAAGUGAUGCAGACGGACACUUUCAAAACUUGUUUAUGGCGAGAUCUUCACUGACAAGUUAAAAUCUUUUUAAAAUGGAAACGUUAGAUACAACAAACUAUAUUUGUCUUUUAUUAACACUGCCACAAACUAUACAGGACCACAAACAUCCAGCUUACUCAUAGCUCGUUGGGGGUCUGUUAUUCAUUAAAUCUGGCUAAGUAUAUCAAGCAUUUUUGAGGAAAAGAGUGAUCUUUAGACUACUUUUUAUUUAAGCGAAGAAAAUAGAAAACAGUUGACUGCACAAAGUUAGGACAUCAGAUUUUAAACUGUUUGAUGUCAAAUUUUGCACAGUCUUUAUAGAGCAAUUACUGUGACACAGUGAUAUGUAUUUUUUUAUUGUAUAACUUAAACUUAUGUCAGUAAUUAUAAAGUAUUAAAGCUUUUUAGUCCACUGGAAUAAAGCAGUUCUUAAAACCA